AUCCAGCUUUGUAAUUUCCUUGAAAUUAUUUAUAAACCUCUAUAAUAUAACCUCUAGUUUCUUACCACUUCGCUUCAACCUUCAACCACGAUACCAGCUGCUUUUGUAGUUCCAGUUUUCAGCAAAUAAUCCUCUACAUAACAUAUAACAUCCAAGCAGCAUGUCUGAGAACAGUUCAGUUGAGGACAUGCUUUCUGAAAUGGAGAGUGAUGAGUUUAGCAUGGUGUCCCAUUUGCUGCGGCCUCCUAACGCUCUCCCAGUUGAGCCCACAAUGAAUGAAAAUUGUUUUCAGAACGUUUAUCAGCAGCCAAGAGGUGAAUCGAUAGAAGCCAUGGUUACGUUUUUUCGUCAGGAAGAUCAGCAAAUUUAUGACAAUGAUGCAGAAAAGAAUGCAGACUUUGACUUAGAUGAUAUUUGGUACGACCAAUUGCUCUCAAGAUGUGGAAUUGCUGGAUCUGCGGCUAAUCAGACGCCUGGCCAUGAGGUUUCACUAGAGGAGGAAAAUAUCAUGCUGAAGCGUGCUUUGGUGCAAAUUUUAGGCAGCUCUUCAACUGGGGAUAAUUCCUCUCCAGAGACAUUAUCCGACUCACUCAGCUCUUGCAAAACAUCACUGUCCAGCAAUUCUACCAAUCUUGUAUCAGCUAGUCAGAAUUGCAAUUCUGAUGGUGCAACCAAGUACAAGGUAAGAUCUGAAGAUGAUGAUGCCUCUGCUGCUAAAAGAAGGAGGGAUGCAAUUUCAUCCACCAGGACCACACCAAAAAGCCGAGGGCUGCUCGAAAUCGUUGGGCUCGAGGAAGCGAAAUCUACUUUCCACGAAGCUCUGAUCAUGCCAAUGAAGUUUCCCCAUCUCUUUGAAGGAUUGAGGAAGAAGAUCAGUUCGAUCUUGCUCUAUGGCCCUCCUGGAACCGGGAAAACAUAUUUGGCGCAUUCUGUAGCUGCAGAAGUGUCAGCCGACUUUUACUGCAUUUCCUCAAGUGAUCUGCUCUCUGUGUGGCUGGGAGAAUCAGAGAAGCUAAUUAAAGAGCUCUUCAACAUGAAGUAUGAUAGAGGGGAGAAAAAGAUUGUGAUUUUCAUCGAUGAAAUCGACAGUUUGUGCAAAGCUAGGAGCACCGAUGAGGCCGACCACUCACGAAGGCUGAAAACUGAGCUCUUGGUUCAAAUGGAUGCAUCCUCGCAGAACGACAUUUUCGUCAUCUGUGCUACAAAUUGUCCGUGGGAUUUGGACAAAGCGUUUCUUCGCCGAUUCCAGAGAAAGGUGUACAUAGGAUCACCAGAUAGGGAGUCGCGGCUCAAGUUCUUGGCCAAAUAUGAGAGCAUGAUGAGCUGCGGACAGCUCAUUGACUGGACUGAAAUUUUGGAUAAGACUGAAGGAUAUACGGGAUCGGAUUUGGAACAAAUGGCUCAAUGUGCUUUGCUUCAGCCAGUAAGGGAGCUAAGAUUUGCCCAAUUUUGGAAAUACACUGCAGAUGGCCAAUUGCAACCAACAAAUGAACAAGAUUAUGUUGCAAUGAAAGGAACGCUUGACGAAUUUCCUCCCCACUUGGUCGUAACAAGAAAUGUGGAAUUGGCAGAUUUUGUUGCGUCACUGCAGCAAGUAGCACCAACAAACAGCAGCGCCGACUUUGAAAAAUACAAAAAUUUCGCAAACCAGAGUGGUGUCAUUUGAUAACUCAUGAAAAUAUAUUGCUACAUUUACUGAGUAAAUUGUGGAUGAUGACAGAAACAUUUUUGUUUUGUUUAGUGUUGUGAAAUUUAAGACACUUUUAUUGAAAGAGCAAAGCCACAGCAUCAAAUAGCAAUCUGAAAUGCAACGCAGCCUGAUCUUUUAUUUUGGAUUUUGACCCAUUUUGUGGAACUCUCGGUUCACUACUUAGUGUGGACGUGCAGAAAGACAUUGAUUGUGUGCAAAGGUUAAGCUUUUUUAGAAAAAGAAGCACACAGCCACACGUUCGAUACAUUCAUGUCUUUUAUUUUAUACUCUUUUAAGUCACUCACUGGCGCAUCACGUAUUCAAUCUCUUUCUCUCAACAACCGUCAACAAUUAGGAAUAUUAAUUGUGCAUCUCAUUCUUGAGUCAACUGUCGGUUCAAAUACGGAAAAAAUUGAGAUUGAUUGUUUCAAAUGACUGGGAUAAUUAAUACAUUAAAUUCGGCCUCGAUUCACACGCGA